GGCGCGCAUGCGCAUGGGCGCCAUCGCCCGCCGGAAGAGCGGCAGCCCAGGCGCUGCUGCUGGCGCCAGAAGGCACCGGCCGCUGGUAGAGCGCGUGCCGCGAGAUGCGGCCUCAGGACAGCACCGGGGUCGCGGAGCUCCAGGAGCCCGGGCUGCCGCUAACGGACGAUGCACCCCCGGGCGCCACUGAGGAGCCGGCGGCCGCCGAGGCAGCUGGGGCGCCAGACCGCGGUAGGUGCUGGCUCUGCCUUUCCUCGCCGUGUUGCUCCCGCACCGAGCCGGAAGCCAAGAAGAAAGCACCCUGUCCUGGACUUGGCUUGUUUUACACAUUAUUGUCUGCCUUCCUUUUCUCAGUGGGCUCUUUAUUUGUUAAAAAAGUGCAAGACGUCCAUGCUGUAGAGAUUAGUGCGUUUCGAUGUGUGUUCCAAAUGCUAGUUGUUAUCCCUUGCUUAAUAUACAGAAAAACUGGGUUUAUAGGCCCAAAAGGUCAACGAAUUUUCCUCAUUCUCAGAGGAGUCCUUGGUUCUACCGCCAUGAUGCUUAUAUACUAUGCUUACCAGACAAUGUCCCUCGCUGAUGCCACAGUUAUCACGUUUAGCAGUCCAGUGUUUACGUCCAUAUUUGCUUGGAUAUGUCUCAAGGAAAAAUAUAGCCCUUGGGAUGCUCUUUUCACCGUGUUCACAAUCACUGGAGUGAUCCUUAUCGUGAGACCACCAUUUUUGUUUGGUUCCGACACUUCGGGGAUGGAAGAAAGCUAUUCAGGCCACCUUAAGGGAACAUUCGCAGCAAUUGGAAGUGCCGUAUUUGCUGCAUCGACUCUAGUUAUCCUAAGAAAAAUGGGAAAAUCUGUGGACUACUUUCUGAGCAUUUGGUAUUAUGUAGUGCUUGGCCUCGUUGAAAGUGUCAUCAUCCUCUCUGUAUUAGGAGAGUGGAGUCUGCCUUACUGUGGGUUGGACAGGCUAUUUCUCGUAUUCAUUGGGCUCUUUGGUUUGGGGGGUCAGAUAUUUAUCACAAAAGCACUUCAAAUAGAAAAAGCAGGGCCAGUAGCAAUAAUGAAGACAAUGGAUGUGGUCUUUGCUUUUAUCUUUCAGAUUAUUUUCUUUAAUAAUGUGCCAACAUGGUGGACAGUGGGUGGUGCUCUCUGCGUAGUAGCCAGUAAUGUUGGAGCGGCCAUUCGUAAAUGGUACCAAAGUUCCAAAUGAAGCAUCAUUGCUGAAAUACAUAUUUUUUUCAAGUACACCAUCACCUAAUUCACAUACAGCAUACGCACACAUCUGGAAAAUCUGCAUUUUCUUCAUUGGUUAUAUUUAAUAAAUUGCCUAAAGUACCAUUUUUGAAUGUAGUAUGUCUUUAGUUAAGAAUAGCUAGUCUGUUUGGUGUAACAAUUUUUUGGUAGCUUUGGUUUUGGUUUUGUUUUUUUGUUGUUGUUGUUGGGGUCAAGUUGGUGAGAGGAGAGCUCAUUGUUUGAAGAAAAACCAAAAAAUUUUAUGGCUAGUAAUAUUAUAUGUAAUUUUUAAAAUGUAUUUUUGGUACUGAUGGGAUAUGGGUGGGGAGGCUAUUUUAGAUAUUCUUUUAGCAGUGUAGAGCCUAAGAAACUUGGUUCUACUACCAUGAUCUUUAUAAACUAUGCCUUCCAGACAAUUGAUAAUGCUGCUAUAAUUAGUAUUAUGUUGAUAAUUCAUUUGCAACCUUAUUCUAUUUAGGAGGAUGAAGUUGAAGCUUAGAAUAGGUGCCUGCUUAAUGGUGUUAAUAAUACAAAUGAAUUGGCCUUAUUUUCAAGGAUUUUAUAAAUGAUUAUCAUACUUGUAACUCAUAUUUGUGCCUUUUCAUUUUAAUGCUGGAAUUUUUAUUAUGUCACCUCUAAAACACUUAAAUUGCCAAAUUUGGCUAGUAGUUUUGUUUCAGUGGCGUUAGCAACUGCAGCUAGCAUACUAUAAUUUUAAUUGUCCUCACUUUUUUUUGAAACUGCACUAAAUUUUUCUUAACAUUCCAAGAUUUCAGAUCUCUAAAUCACAAAGAGAAAUCUUGGCAUGACCAGUGUGCACGUUUCCAUCCUGAAGUGUUUUCUCUUCACUAGAAAUGUGAUUUUCUAUAAAUUCCCCUUGAAUUUAUAGUGUGAUGCCAAAUAAAAUUUUCUCAGGAUCUUAUUAGGUUGAACCAUAUGUAAUUGCCAAGAUUUUACUAUUUUAACUUAGAAAAACCACAGUUUCAUAUGAUUCACCCUAAUAGAUACCUCCAUUAUUCUCUAAAUGAAAUAGAAGACUUUGGAGUAUAUGUUUUUAAAGUAAUUUUUUAAAAUAUGGUAAUGUAUUAAACUUAUUUUUAUAGUUAUGAAAUUAUGUGUAAUAAUGCUUUAUGUUAUACAUUAAAUGUAAAGACUUGUGAAUCCAUGUUUGAUUGACUUUCAUAGUUUCCUGCAUUGAAAUAAAAUCACUAUGAAUUCUA